AUGAACGAUUACCGUUUGUGUGGUGGGUGCGGGGCGGUAUUGAAUUGCCGUCCUGCCUCGCGUGUCGUCCGGGCCCCGCCGUUGGUUGCGUCCAACUUACCGCGCCCCUUCACCAUGGCGGUGGCGCUCCUCGCGCUGCUGUCCGUUGGGGUGCGUGUGGCUGCCGGCGCGGAGGUGACAGUCAACAUUCUCUACCUUAUGUACAACCCUAAAUUCCCCAAGGUGAGUGUUGACGCCCUGAGCACCGGUUUCGAGGCGUCGCUGGCCGCCCGUCGUGGAGACAUCCCCAACGGGGUGAAAGUCUCUGUCAUUCGACCCUCGUCCCAUGACCAGCCUAUUGAGGAGCUUUUUGAGAGUGCCGUGGAGGCAAGUAAAGGAAAGCUUUUGAUAGCAGUGGGUCCGCUGGGCAACGACAAUGUGCUCUGGUCCCUCGAACACCUUAAGAACAACGAUGUAGUUGCUUUCUCACCCCUAACUUACUCGGAUGAGGCUCGUGGGUGGAAUCGCCACCUGUACUUCACUACCGCUGAGCCAGACGCUGAACUGCUGACCCUGAUUCGAUACUUUGCCGUCACCCUGCGACUUUCCCGCCUUGGGUUUAUGUAUCUGAGUGACUCAUAUUUCGGUAAGGAGUCGCAUGCGUUCACCUUAAAGAUAUUGUCGGGAAUGGGGUACGAGUUGAGCGGAACUUUCUCCCUCGAGGGUACCGGUGGACUGGAGGUUGUCAGCACCGCGUUUGAUGCCGAGUGGGAGCAGUUUGUGAAUACCCGCCCAUUAGCCGUGCUUUUACUUGGCUCACCCAAUCCCGUCACCAGAGAGUUUGUGAGGAGAAUGGCUACCGACGAUCGCACCACAGGUGUGUACGUACUUGCGCCAUCCAGCGCUCAGGUUUUCCUGAUUAAUACUUGGCGGGAUGCCUUAGAGGAGAGUGGUCGUGAACUGAUACCCGGACAACUGAUUAUAAGCGGUGUUAACCCCCUCUCGAACCACGCACGAUUUGCGGUUGUGAAACGGUUCCGGGAAGAGGUGGACGAGUACCUCUCAUCUAGUGAUGAGGGGCACAGGUUUGCGAUGCGACAGGAACUCCUUGAAGAUGAUACCAGCGGGGAGUUGAUGCUCACUGGAUGGAUCACCGGGGAAGUCGUAUCACGAGCUCUCCGGAGCACAUUGUCGUUAACUAACAGCACAGCAUUCAUAGACUCACUGUACGAACAACGGCGCUACCUUAUUGAUGAUCUCGUUGUUGGCGACUUUGGAGGUGAUUGCGAUGCGUUUGCUGCAUGGCAAGGUGCUGUGUGUCAGUGCAACCAGGGUGGGAGCGUGGUGUACAUGAAGGAGGUCGUGGAUGGUUUUCGGUUGCAGCCCGUGGUCACGGGGUUUCUGACGUGGGGCGCAUCAGAGUGCUCCAGCGCUGGUGUUGUUCUGCGCGCACCAUUGAACGGCCUUAUUGUGCAGUUGAUGGACAAUGUGGUUGUUUACCGCGCGAGUCUGAGGUAUCUUAACGGCGCCUCCGCCUUGCUGGGCAACGGCCGGAUUGGAGAGCGUGACAGGUUCUUCUUGCAUCCCUUAGAGGCAACGGGCGAUGAGGCUGUCGAGCAACUGGAGCAAAUGCGUGAUGUGAAGGUGAUCCCGGCCCUGUUUGGCGUCGUGAAUAAGGAAAUCUUGGCCACGGAGAAUUUGGCGUUCAUUGACCCCAUAACCAGCAACCCUCGUAUGAACAGGUUUAACCGAAACGUGAUAUACGUGUCACCUACGCUUGCGCAGGAACUCUAUGUUCUGGUUCAGUACAUCUCGGAGCACCCUGGCGGAAACGUGCGUGUAGUGAUUCGAACCCACGAUGCGGAUAUGAUAUUGGAGGUGUUGAUAGCCACACUGCGGACGUACGGUAUUUUCAUGCAAUCGAAGGUAAUUGUGGAUAAUGAGGGCUCGUUGAAACCCCAUCUCCCCUCUAGCGGGGACGUGUUUGUUAUUGGGUUUACGGCGUUAGAGGUGUAUGACCUGGCUGAGCACCUUGAUGCUAAAAGAGGUCUACGGAUCUUCGCCAUUUAUCCUGAUGUAACGCUAAUGUACGAGGAGUUGAGAGCAGCAUUUAGCAGAACCCCGCCUACGACCACCAACCGCUUCGUAUUCGCCACCAACCAGCCCCACUGGGCGGAGGAGAACUCGUCGUCACUGACUGUUCAAGCUUACCACAAGGCCGUGCCUGAGCCGGCGAUGAGAACUCCCAUGUCGUUGCGGGGCUUUUCCACGGCGCGGCUGAUGGUGUCCGUCCUUGACCAUAUGGAGAAGGUUGACGCGAAAUUGCUGGCUGACUAUUUCUACUCCGAGUCCACCAUCAACGUCGAUGACAUGCGGUACGGGCCCUUUAGCGAUGUUGAUUGCAUUGUGAAUGGCGUCGCUCUUGCCAGCAAUUGCCUUUCCAAUUACGGGGGAACAAACAUCUCCGUGUGGUCCCUGACUCGAUUGCUGGAUCCCGCCACACCGCCGCUACAAAAUGGUGUGACACCAACGCUAGUUUACGUCGACGAAAACAAACUUACACAAGGGCAGGUGAUUGCGAUUGCUAUUGGCUCUACCCUCGUCGCAUUGCUGCUCGCUGCGCUUGCUCUGGUACUGUACUUCACCCUGCGCAAUGCCCGCGACAACGAGCUUGCGCCGAGGGAAUCGACGGAGCCCGUUACACUCGUGUUCACGGACAUUGAGAGCAGCACAGCACAGUGGGCCGGUUUCCCCGAGCUUAUGCCUGACGCCGUGGCGUCACACCAUAAAAUUAUCCGGUCCCUGAUGGUCGAGUACAACUGCUACGAAGUGAAAACGAUUGGUGACUCGUUCAUGAUUGCUUGCCGGAGCCCAUUUGCUGCGGUGCAGCUCGUGAGUGAACUCCAGCGGCAAUUCCUGAGUCACAAAUGGGAAACGGAGGUGUUCGACCGCUUCUAUCAUGCCUUUGAAGAGCAGCGAGCUUGCGACGAUAAAGAGUACACUCCACCCACUGCCCGUCUUGCUCCUGACGUGUACGGGAGUCUCUGGAACGGCUUGCGUGUACGUGUAGGUGUUCAUACCGGGUUGUGUGACAUCCGCUAUGAUGAAGUGACGAAGGGCUACGACUACUAUGGGGGUACAACUAACAUGGCCGCACGUACGGAGAGCGUCGCGAACGGCGGUCAGGUGCUGCUAACUCGGGCCACAUACCUUGCUCUGAGCGAAGAUGAACGAAAGGAAAUCGACGUCGUCCCCCUGGGGCUUGUUGCACUGCGUGGUGCACCACAACCAGUGGAACUUUACCAGUUGAACGCCGUGCCUGGUCGCACCUUCGCAGCACUGCGGCUUGACCGUGAAUACUAUUUUGACGAGGGCGGCGACGGGACAACCAUAACCACAAGCGACCACAGUUCAUCACUGGCUGAUUUGAGCGAGUCCGCCCAAAUGAUUGCGAGCUCCCUGGAGGCACUCCUCAGUACAUUUAAGGUCCCCCAGCGCGAGAAACUCCUGCGGCCGUAUUGUGAGCGAUGGCGUGUCCCUCUUCCCAACCAGGCGAAUCCAGUCUGGGACGAUGUUUAUUGCGGGGAUGUGAUACGCCGUAUUGCCGCAAAGGUGGGACGGGUUGUGGAUCACUCUGCGAAUGGUAAUAAUGAACUCACUACCAGCACUCACAGCACAUCAGUGAUUUACAUCUCCAACCGUUGCUCGCAACUUGAUGAGUGCUUCUCUGCUGACCAGCCCUUUGUGUCGGUGUGA